AUGCCUCGAGUACUAAGAUCGUCUAAGACCGCAUUGCUUAACAGCAAUGGUGGUUCAAACACCAAGAGUCGCAAGGCCACCCGCAACCGUUCUGCUACCGGUGUGAAGGGAAAGCGCUCGACCUCGACCUUUGUUCCUGCCCCUGCCUCUGCCUCUGCAAACCGCAUCCUGUCGAAGAACUGUGGGGAAUGCAACCGCCGACGCAAGAAGUGUGACAGGGAGAAGCCUUGCGGUUGGUGCAAGAAGCGGGGCAUUCUAUGUCGGUAUGAUCAGACUGUGACUGAGGGUCGUGAAUCUGAUCCGGUCUUACUCAAAGACUUGAACAAGGCCAAGGGUAAGGGCAAGGCCAAGGGUAAGGGCAAGGCCAAGAGUAAGGGCAAGGCCUAGAGCAAGGGAAAGGGAAAGGCAUAGGAUUCUCUCUGAAGGCAUCAACGUACAACUUCAACGUACAACUGGACGGGGUCAUAAGCACUUCAGAAUGGC